CUCGCUGUGGAAAGAGGAAGAGCAGGGCGCGCUGGGAUAUGGAGUGCGCUCGUGUAACUCCGAGGAGCAAAUUUGUUCGUGUUUUGCCGGUUAUGCAAAUAGAUCAACUGCAACAAAGCCUGCUGUAAAAGCCCUGUUCGGGUUUAUUAGUAUUGUAUUCGGCUUUAUAGUUGUCGGUUUUGUUGUAACUGUCUCCUGUAGGUGAGCGGUGACGCCGGCGAUGGUUGGGAGGAGUUUCACAACUGAAAUUCAAAGGGUUGAGUUGUUCAUUGCGAACCGACUGCUGUGUUAUCUUAACGGGGCUGAGACGUUCGGCGGGCAGGACUCGGCCGAACGCGAACAGGUUUCGCCAGGGCUGGUUUUCGCCUUCAAGCUGAAUAGCUUUGGGUGGGGUUUCACCAACACCAGGAAUGUACCGCGGAUGCGUUCGCUGAACAGGGGGUGAAAAUAGCCGACUUUUUCGGAACGGAAAAAGUUUCUUUACCGGCGACUGCAAGUAACUCCAAACGUAAAGGUUGUUUUCGCUACUCCACCAUGGCCCGCCGCUCACAAAGUUCUUCAUUGGGCGACAACCCCCUGGAUCCCAAUUACUUGUGUCCGCAUUACCGAGAAGAGUAUCGCAUGGCUAUUGAUGCCCUGGUGGAGGAGGAUGUUGAGGGCUAUUACAACUUUUUACAAAGUGCUAAUGUAGUUGACUUUUUAUCAAGGUCAGAGAUUGAGCAUAUUAAAAGCAAUGUGCAAUCACCACAGAGUGCUGGAAAUGUACCAGAACUGCCAUAUCGAGAAAUAGAUGAGGAUGGGUCCUCUGACACCUACUGGCCACUGCAUUCUGACUUGGAUGCACCAGGACUAGAACUUGGUUGGCCUCUGCAGCAACAUAGUUUUGUGGGGCCCACAGAGGUCACAAUGUUGGUAAACCCUGCUGACCCUGAGCGGCCCAGCAUUAAGGAGCAGGCCCGGCGACUCAUCAAAAAUGCUCAUCAGGUGAUUGCAGUAGUGAUGGAUAUUUUCACAGAUGUUGAUAUAUUCUCUGAUCUUUUGGACGCUGUAGCACGUCACGUGCCUGUCUACAUUCUGCUGGAUGAACAAAAUGCCCAUCAUUUUGUUAACAUGGUGGCAAGCUGUAAAGUUAAUCUGGAUAUGAUCCAUAUGAUGCGGGUACGUACAGUGGCAGGCAUUACCUAUUUCUGCCGCACAGGAAAAUCGUUUAAAGGUCAAGUGAUGGACCGUUUUCUUCUGACAGACUGCAGAGCAGUGAUCAGUGGAAACUAUAGCUUUAUGUGGUCUUUUGAGAAGAUCCACCGCUGCAUUGCCCAUUUGUUCCUUGGAGAACUAGUUGCCACAUUUGAUGAGGAGUUUCGUAUCUUGUUUGCUCAGUCUCAGCCUCUUGUUGUUGAAAAUGCCCUUGUACCCAUGUCACAAGACAAUACAAGUAGUUACCUUGGCAAUCAGUUUGGCUUAAAAAGGACUCAGUCACUAAGGAAUCCCAGAGGAUAUCUUCGUCAGCCUGAACUUACUGGUUACCCAUUUGGGGAUCGUCAUGAAUCCAUACUACCUUUUCGAAGGGAGGACCCGUUUCGCCAUACACUUGAACCAGGUGCAGCUCCUUUGCAGGUCACAAAGUAUGCAACACAGCAGUUCAGGAUGCAACAGUCAUUCUUGGAUCCAGGACGCUCAUUGUUAGCCUCCAGGCAGCUGGAAAUGAAUGCCUUUAAGAGGCAUAGCUAUGCCGAGGGCACCCGCGAGACCUACGCCUCCUCCCGGCAGUAUAUGAAACAGCGUGUAAUGAACAACUUGGAGGAGACGGAAUCGCAUUACCAGCGAGAACAACAUUACUAUCAUAGCGAGGGCAUGGGACCGGAUUCUGAGCGCGGGCACUAUGACCGCCUUAACUAUGGCAUGUACCAGAAAGAUCAACACUCUGAUUCUGCAUAUCCUCCUGAACUUGAAGCACCGGGAAAUCUGAAUGUUUUGUCCACUGACGACCUCAAAAGUGAUUCAGAAAAACAUUACAACUCAGGAGGGGGACGCUACGGUCCACAAACCCACAAGAGGCCUACUGUGGGCCACGCAUAUGCCUGUCAGAGUUCGCCAACUCAGCCACAUCCUCCUGACCACAAGCAGUUGUUCUCCACUGGAGAGCAGGUACGGCAGUCCCAGGACCCCAGUGUAAAGCAGGGAUUGCGGAGCUGGAGAAUCAACUCUUAUCUCAGCACUUACGACGAUUCAGGAGAGGAGGGCUUGCAUCAGCCAGUGGGUCCAGAUGCCUUUGAUGAGCCAUAUCAACAACCUGACAGCAGACUUUAUGGCUCAGAGGGACCAGGCCUUCAUUUAAGAGAGCGUCCAAACAUCCCAACUAAGCCAAACCUUGAUUUGAGGCCACGCUAUGGUAAACCCAUCAAACAAGAUAGGAAUCAAGUAAAAGACAUUAGCUCUGACCUGGGUCCCACAAGUACUGACACAUUAAAGCCAGCCAUUUCAUCUUCAUCACUAGCAUCUUCAACAGACAAUGAAAAGGAGCCGGAACCAAGGGAAAUCAGCAUUACCAAGCAUGAGUCUUUCCGAUCUCGAAUUAACCCAAUGCUGCAAAGGAGCUCAAGACUAAGGUCUUCUUUAAUCUUCAGCUCCUCACAGUUGGAGCAACACAGCUCCUCGCAAGCUAAAUCUGGUGGGGAGUUACAACAGGAGAGAGAUGAGAGUGAGCCUGUUCGAUACUCAUCUAUUGUGGCAGAGAUUUUGGAGAAGAGGAGGUCACUGUCAAGAGAGCCGUUUGACUGGAAUAAGCAUAAAAAAGCAGAAGAAAAAGAGGUUAAAAAUUCAUCAACAGGAGAUCUGACUACGAUCACAGAUACCAAAGUGGAGCCUAUCAAAGAAAAGGAGAAACCUGACAACCCUGAACCUGAGGACAAUAAAGUUACACAGCCAACAGAGCCUUCGAGAUCUCAGCAAACAACUUCUUCCCUAAACAUGAAUGAUCCAGCAAGCAGACUUCAGUACUUCAAAGAUUUGCAAGAAAAGAGAAAGAGCUCAAAAUUAGAGUUAGAUUUGGAUACAAAAAGUCGAGAAACAGCCAUGAAAAAGCCAGACCUCACUGAUACAGCAAACACAGUUCCAAAUGUGCUUGUUACUUCAGUGGAGUCCUCCGUAAAGACACAAGAGUCAACGAUUACGCUAACAGAUCCUAUACCACAGCGCUUGGUGAUUGCAACAAAACCAUCUGAAGUCUGUGUGGACAGGCCGCUCACGAACAGCAAAACUCUGACGGAGAGCACAGCUGAUGUAGCAAAGAAAGAGCCAGCUAAGGAACCAACAAAGUCACUUCGGCCUUUCCCAUCACCCAAGUUCUUAAAACCAUUCAAAGCCUCUCAAUCUUCUCAUCGUCGUAUCUCAUGCGGCGAGGAGACUCUUAAAGACGCAACAGAUGCUGAAAAGAGUGAGCUUAAGAAGUCUCGCAGCUUCAGCUCAUCGGGCAUCACCCGUGCAGAGUCUAAAGAAAGCCUGAGCUCCCUAAACCUUGGGAACUCUGAUGGCAAAGAUACAAAGGCCCUUGAUUUCCUCAAGAAACAAACACAGAGAUUAAAGGGUUUCCUUGGGCCAAAGGGAGAAAAGAAGCACUCAGGAGUUUCCAGCUCUCAAGAGGACAAGUCAAUGAAAACAGUCCCUGAGAUGCAAGAGGAGCCCUCAGACAAAGAGAAACCAUCUGAAUCCAUAUCAUCUUCUACCAUAGUAGAGAACAACAAACCCACUGUUAAACCGACUCCAUCACGCUAUCAGUCCUCUACCUCAAAUGUGAUAUUUAGCAGCAACCUCAGGGAUGAUACCAAGGUGAUCCUAGAGCAAAUAUCUGCAAAUAGCCAGAAAAAUAGACAGCAGACUGAAGAGUCUGGGAAAGUCGAGGGGGGCAAGGAGGAAGAGGUUUCCAAUUCAUCAUUACAAUUUCAAAACCGGAACCGGUUCACCCGAACUCCAGUCAACCCACAGGAGAGGGACAAUCUGCUGAAGAGAAUAGAGAGCAUGCGCAAAGAAAAGAAAGUCUACAGUCGUUUCGAGAUGGGGAAUAACCUGGGAUAAAACAUGGAUGAAGGGGCCAAUAUUCCUCACAGAGAACUGUAGAGAACCUGAAACCAUUCUAAAAAAAGUACCCAAUACUCCUGUGAACAGACACAGAGAAGCAAGUAAGUCGCUUCAGAUAAAAAGUGUCUGCUAAAUGACUAGUAAUCUACAGUACAUGGUCCAUGGAUCUCAUAUAAACAGACCACGAAAAUAGCACAACCUCAAAUAUGAGGAUUCUUGCUGCAGCAUGAGGAAUAUUCCUCGCUCUGUGCCAAUCUGAGCCCACAGAUGAUUCACUUUGACCUUAUAAGGCUUCAGGGCUUACCUCUUAACAGUAAUCACACACCAUCCCUACAGAACAUAAAAACACAAAUCAGGCCAAAGGAGGGUUCGAACUUCAAGAGGCUUUUCUCAGCUUUUUCUUUUUCUACUGGACCUUAUAAGUUCUAUAAGAUGUAUAUGUACAAGUGUGCACAAUUUCCAACUUCCAAAGGAAAUUAACGUGUCUGGGCAGAAGCUGAGAUAUGCUACUCUGAAGGCACCAAAACACACCCUCUUUAAAGUACACCACACAAAUGCCCCAGGACACGUCAUGCUGAAAUUAUGCUUUGGUGGUGACUGUGCCAAUGGAUCACAGGCAUAAAGGAAACCAGAGAUGGUUGGUAGACAACGCUACUUUUGAAGGCAAAGAACAGAGGAACUGUGGAACUUGAAACUGUCAAGAGAUGACUGGAAAGUAUGUAAGGGAUGUAUUAAAAUGAAAGGAGGUCUGUUCAUUCAUUUUUUCUCUAUCAACAGUGUGCUAUCAAGAAAGUGGGCUGAAAGCUGAGAAAGUGAUGUGAGGGGUAGAGUUGAAUUAAUUGUAUUUCACCAGCAAUUAGAAUUUGCAGUACAAUGGUUUCAGACAUACUAUACCUGUACAUUCCUGCAUGAACUGUGUUGUCAGGAUAAACUGUAAAAUAUUAGGUUGAUAAAGAUAUUCUCAGGACCGGGCUUUAGCCUAUAUUUUGUCAAUGCAAAAUUUAAUUAAGACAGAACGGUAUUACUGAACACCAAAGAUGUCCCAGAGUGCUCUCUGGAUGUGUCAUAGGACUGAUUUAUGGAAACUGGAAGCUGAUCUAAUGAGGAAUAUCUGAUCUAUAAGUAUGAUGGAAUUGAGUGUCAUCAGUACAUUGUUUGUUUAUAAAUGCAAAUCCUGGGGAAUUCAGAAUUGUUUACAAACUUUUUUAUUGUGUCUUAUAAAUUCUAAAUAAACGGUUUAAGAAACUUUCA